AGUUGUGUUUCAAAGAUGAAUGAAGGUCUUACAGGUUUGGAACGACAUGAGGGAUCCUCCAAAAAUGUUGCUGCAGAGCCAGUUCUUCAUUCACUAGAUACCAGAAUGAGGCUUUUUCUGCUGCUAGGACUGAUUUUCUUAACAUAUGCGGCUGAACAAGAGUCGUGUAUUGAGCGCUGUGAAAAUGGGUUUGACGCCACCAAGAACUGCCAGUGUGACUCUAUGUGCACAUACUACAAGAGCUGUUGCAAAGACUAUGAGUCCUUAUGUCGUAUUAGGACCCGUGGUGACACCUUUCCUUCUUACCCUGAGGAUGAUUAUGAGGAGGAAACAAAUAGCACAGAGGUGCCAAUCAGAUCCAGAUCACAGCAAAAAAUGUUGACCCGUUCUCCAGCAACCUUUACUGAAAUAUUCAGCCUAUUAACACCAGCUUCUCAAGUCUUGGAUUCAACAUUAAAUGAUGACCCAACACCAGUGAUUGCCACUGCUGCCACUCCAACUACAUAUUACUCUCUAUUACCCUCCACCAUCAAGAACCCAACCACAACUGCACGCACAACCUCAGCUGCUGAUCCCACACCAACAAAAGCCAAAGACCCUGAUGCUGAUGUCUGCAGUGGCAGACCCUUUGACUCCUUCAUGCAGCUCAAAAAUGGCUCUUUAUAUGCAUUCAGAGGAGAAUAUUUUUUUGAGCUUGAUGAGAAAUCAGUAUUACCGGGUUACCCAAAGCUCAUCGAAGACAUCUGGGGAAUAAAAGGUCCGAUAGAUGCUGCCUUCACUCGCAUAAACUGCCAAGGAAAGACGUACAUUUUCAAAGGUAAAAAAUACUGGAGGUUUGAUGAUGGAGUACUAGAUGAAGACUUCCCACGGGACAUAUCUGUGGGAUUUGAGAGGAUACCAGACCAUCUUGAUGCUGCCUUUGCCAUUCCUGCUCACAGCCAUCAUGGCAAAGAAAAAGUUUAUUUUUUUAAAGGAGACCAGUAUUACCAUUAUGAGUUCAAGCACCAGCCAUCCCAUGAGGAGUGCAUUCAGAUGUCAUUGAGAUCUCCCUCAGCACUCUUCAGCAGAUACACUAAUAUUUACUAUGACCGAUGGGUUGAGUACUUCAACCAGCUCUUUGGUGGAGCCCAAAGUCAUCACGGUGGCCAUCACUUCAUUAACAGAGACUGGAUUGGCAUCAAAUCUCCUGUGGAUGCUGUGCUAGCCGGCAGACUCUACAUCACUCAGAGAUGGCCCAACAGAAGGCGUCAGGACAGAAAUCGGCAGGAUUGGGACCAGCAGUGGGGCCAGCGGUAUGGGCAGCAUUGGGGGCAGCGGUAUGGGCAGCAGUGGGAUCAGCAGUGGGGCUCCAGGCGCAGGCAGAAUAGGUCCCCGUACUGGGAGACUAUGGCUGAGAGGGGCAUCAGCAUUGGACAGGAGUUUGCUCAGAGGUUUGGACAGGACAGGUGGCAAGAUCAGGACAGACGCCGAGAUCAGGACAGACGCAGAGACUAUUAUCAUAGACAAAAUGACUACGAUUACGACUACAGAUACAAACCUUCGGAAGAUGUUGUCUAUGACGAACUGAGCAGGAGUCAGCCCUUACAGAGUGUCUACUUCUUCAAAGGAGAUAUGUACUACCGAGUGAAUCUCCGAACCAAGCGGGUUGACUAUGCAAACCCUCCAUAUCCAAGACCUAUUGGAAAAUACUGGCUUGGCUGCAAAGACAUGCCAGGAGCAGAAAAGAGAUGAGUCCAACAGUAAACGACUGCCAUUUAAUAGCAUUUAUCAUACAAAAAUAAGCUGCAUUUGUACGAUCAAAAAUAAGGGUGAUCAGUAGGGCCUUAGAAUCUCUCCACAGAUUUCCACACAACUGGAAUGAUAUCAUUCAUAAUGUUCUACAAGUCGCCAUCCUUAAUGUCUAAUCUGAUCUGUAUUCCUGAUUGUUGUGGUGAUUGAUUAAGCUCAGUGGACAUCAUGCAGUUUUUAGUCUAAAACAUUACAUUUAAAAUAAACAGAUAUAUGAAUAUAAUCAUAAUUAAACUCAGAUUUUCAUUGAGAAUAAAAACAAUUGCAUGGGAGGAAUAUACUGAUGCUUACAAAAGGCUAAGGUUACCAUGAGCUUCACAACAACUUUUAGUGAACAGUUGUGCAAUCCUUCAAUAAACAAAGUUUUUUGAUCUAAAGUCAUUAUUUGUAUGUAAUGUAUACAUCAUCUUAUUAGGUCCUCUCGAAAAAUAUGAACAGAUAUCUCUUAAAAAAAGGUUUUAGCUUCUCCAGCACAGUAAAAGGGUGUUUCUUGUCAUUUUUGCUGCCAACAACCAGUCAUUUAAAUUUCCAGUAAAUGUUUUGGCACAUUUCA